CAUUCUGAACCUGAAAAGAAAGACAAAACAUUACAGUUUUCGUAGUUUUCUUUCUUAAGCACUUACAAACAUUCUGAAGUAACUUACUUAUUUGUGGGGCUUUUACGACGUGACUAGGAGUGAUUUUCAGUGGUUGUAUCCGUUGAAAUGGUCCGCACACUGCCCGUAGUGAAACGUUAGAAAUUUUGCUUCUAUCCGAGGUGUAAGCACUAAGCACCGAACCGACUAUGUGCUGCAGAACAUUUCUUCCGUUAUUGCGGAUUGUUUAUGAGUCCGCUUCUUCCCGGGAUACGCAAUGCGUUCGUCUUUCUUUGUGUACUUCGCUGCCUCGCAGAACAUAUGCAUCAGCCGUGCGCCUAGCCGAAGUUGGGAAGUUCGAAGAACCUAAGGAGCAGAACCUGAAAUACCCCACGGGACAGUUGUUCUUACAUCGGAUAUUUGGAUACAGAGGUGUGGUAUUAUUCCCGUGGCUGGCCAGAGUUUUCGACAGGGAUCUCGCAGGAAGGAAAGAAGGCAUCAAGAUCGAUCCUGCUCAGAACGAAGGCGCUGCCUUCAACAAUAUCGGGACGGGUCGUGAUGUGAAGGGCCGAGCUGUGCCAUAUUAUCAAGUUUUGAUUGACGCGCGGGAUUGCCCGCACAUUCGAGCUCAGUCGGAGACGGUGACGUUUCUUGGACAUCAGGAAAGCAGUAGAUCUCUGUACUCUAUUCCUGGAUACCCUUCCCCGCUGUCGAUCCCUGUGCGUCGCCUGCACGCUACUCCGCAGACCCGCUCCGCCGGGCAGCACCGUGAGCGCGUGGCUGUUGCAGGCGUUUGGAAGCCACGCACUUUCUCGAAGCCCUCUUCAGUUAUAACGCAGCCAACCGACUUUAUUGGAUUCCUGACGAAAUAUAUAACAUUUCGGGCCUGCAUAUCGACAACCUGGAUGAUCUUCCAGAGACAGAGGGAAUGUUUGUUAACGAUACAGACACAUUUCAAGCCGUCGUUGACCGGAUCCUUAGCUGGCCAAAAAGGAAAAUUCUCUUGGCUGAUUCCCCGGGAGUCGGCAAAUCGUCCGCCGCUCUCAUCACUGCGCUAAAAUGAUUCCGGAUUGUGAUGUCAGCUGGUUCCACUUUCCUAUCAGUGAUGACGUAUGUGGAUUCAAAUUUAAAAAGGGUCAACCGAAGCAGACUGAAAUCGUCUCUGUCCCAAAGAAAGAUUUUAAUUCGUUUCUCCGAUGUCAGAACUGGGCGGACGCGCAGCUUCUCAUCGUUGAUGGAUUAACGGACAAAGAGCAGGAUCUCAGCUCGAUAAUGAAUUAUUUGGGAAAUUUUGUUCGCCGGAGCGUCCGUAGCCGAUGCAUUGUCGCUUCCUCACUAGCGGCUUCAAAGGUUUUCACUCGUGCUAAAUUUUACCAUGUCCCAGUUUGUGCGCCGGAUUUGGAUGAUUACAACACUGCUAUUACGAAGUCGGAUUUUUUGGCUUCCGUUUGGAAUACAUUAGCCGAUGACUAUCACUGCCCCGCUGGAGACGGUGGUAUGCAGCGCAUACAUGAAUAUUACAAAGAGAUAUUUGACGAGGAGAAAUUUCCGCUGAGUGAAAUGAGCAAAGAUGGACGACUAAUAAUGAGUGAAUCUAAUGCGCGGCGUUUGGUAGCCAAGAAAUGGCGAUUUGCUGGCCAUUCCUGGCGCUACAUGUUUUAUACCACAGUGGAUAAUAUCAAAGCGGACAUAAUGGAUGCUAUAGAUGCCAUCGGCCCGAUGGAAGAGCUGUACCAAUACUUAAUACAUGGACGUGGGCCGAAAAAUGACGAUACCAAGAACCGGUUGGUUUUCAAAUGCAGCGCCGGACAAACACUGGUGAGUCCAUAUGCCGCUGAAAUGCUGGUACUCUGCAGUGAGCGAUCGCCGGCCGUACUUCAGCGUUUGCAGCCAUUUCUGGCUCAUCUGUUUGGGAGAGGAACCGAGGGGAAGUGUUUCGAACUGAAAUUUUUUCAACGAUUCAGAGUAAAAAACUCUUACUCAGAGACGGGAACGGAAAGCCUGUGCUGAAGGAUGAUUUAGAAGGACAGCUGUUCGAGGCAGACUGCGCGAUGUUUGAGGGGAUUUACAGGUUGGAAGACCAGGCGCGGCUAAAAGAUCUCUGGAAAACCGUCGACAGUGGUUUAUGGAUUAAGCCGACCCGUGAAAACCAGGCCGGUUUCGACGCGGUUUACAUCGACAAGAAGACGCAUUCCGUGCGAAUGUUUCAGGUUACUGUGCGACAAGAAGAUCAUCCAUGUAAAACUAAGCCAUUUGUAAGCUUUGCAAGACAACUGGUCAAGAAGUAUGGAUUCGUCAUCCGACAUGCCGAAAUUAUUUUUGUACUGGACUCUGACCCCAAAAAGUUCAAUGUUGGAAGUCUGCUGGAUAAGCCGAAAGCACACGAACUGAACGAUUACCCAUUUCCUUUACGAGAUUCUUACGAUCAUAAAUUUGCUGAUGUCCGUGUGUAUGCUGUGAGGCUAGAAAAUGUUCUCAUUCCGGACCCACAGGAUAAAUUUUGAAUCCUGUGGUAUGAUUGAGAAGAUUGGUUGGGCACCGAAUAUGGGGAUUUUGGCAUUUGGUUGAUGAUAUCUGCUGAUUACUGAAACAAGUUUUGAUAAUUACCUACGGUUUCUAUUCUGGUUUCAGUAUUUUACUGUUUGGUACUUACUCCUGGCACGUUACUAACGUAGGCGAUCUGUGUUACUUAUUAAUACGAUUUUGCAGAUCAUGUGAAAGCUUUGAGUCAAGCACGCGUUUUACAAACAGGAAACAUAUUAUAAACUUGAAAAUUAAAACAGUUCAAUUUUCUAAGUUUCCUUUCUUAUUAAUUAAGUUUAAUGAAGCCGAAAUAUAUUUCGGGAGUAGUGCAGUAUUUUCACUUGUUAUCGGUGGUUUAUGGCUACGCUAAACUGUUGUCCAUAAUUUUUAUGAUGCCCAGCUGAAUUUUGGAUAGGUAAUCCCGACUUCGUACCCGUACUGCACGCCAAGAUUCUCACAUUUAUCUGCUCAGACGUUGGGUGUUUUAUCUUUUGACAACAAAUGAAAAGAUUAAAUAUUUCCCUGCAGUCGGAGUUAAUUCCUUUUCUUUAAAUUAAACGGGUUGACUGGCGAGCCAGAGCAAUCUUCUCUGCAGAGCCAACUAAAUCGUAUCGCUGCGGAAAAAGAGUUGGAACUGUUAGCCCGGGAUAUGUCAGUAUGGUCUGAUCAUGGCGGAGAUAUGAAGGAUUCGUAUUUUGGCAACAGUGUGCGAUGUUAUGCGUUUCUUGCCGAUACCGAUUUAUGCUUCCGUGUUAACACGGUGACGGCAUUUUGUGAAGCCAGCAGACUGCUACCACGUAUUAUACAAGCGCUUCUUCCGGUACCAGCCUCGUUCAGAUACGUCCACCCUAACGCCACUUUAAUUGGAAAAGCACAAGUUGGCGCGGACAGUAUUGUUGGCGAGCGCACGGUCAUCCAGGACAAGGUGUCGAUUAAAAAAUCCGUUAUCGGACCGAACUGUAAAAUAUCGGAAAAGGCCAAAAUCAGUGGCUGUACGAUUAUGAACGACGUUUUCAUCGGAGAAAGUUGUAAUCUUCAGAACUGCAUAAUCGCCAGUCAGGCGCAAAUCGGAGACAAAUCCGACUUGAAAGAUUGCUUGGUCGGACAACAGUUCGAAGUUCCGGUCUCUUCCAAGCACUCCAGUGAUACGCUAACCGAUGGGGAAAGGCUGAUGGAGUACUAAUGUUCUUGUUCGGUCUCUGUUGUAAUGUGCGUUUUUCUAGACUUAUUUUUAUUGUGGAUUUGUAGUCGGUUUUCGUAUAAAUAAGCCUUGAG